AUGGACUUCGCUGUUCCCUCGCUUGUCGGCACCUCCGACGGCAGCUCCUGUAACGACUCCACGGGUCUUUUGACCCCCGACAGCAGUCCUUUGUUCCGCCCCUCAUACCCCAAAGACUCGUUCGAGACGCGCCUCGCUCAUGCCUUUGAAGAGCCCAAAAGGCGCAGAAUAGAUCCCCCGUCAACCCGCGCCGAAAGCCCUUUCAUCCCCUCGUUUGCCGACCUAUUCGCGCCCGUUCCCAGUGAUGUGAGGAAGAUCUGCGUGAUUGGCGCAGGUUAUGUCGGCGGUCCUACGGCGGCAGUUAUUGCGCUGCACAACCCCAAGGUCGGCGUCGAGGUUCUGGACAGAGACCAGCGACGGAUCGAACGCUGGAACUCCGCUCACCUACCCAUCCACGAGCCGGGUUUGAACAAGAUUGUGCGAUUGACAAGAGACGGUGCAAUUAUCAAGGAGCCGAGCGACCGCGAUUCUGCCUCUCAAGGACGCAAUGGCGAGUCUGACUACGUCUCCAGACGCGGCCCGAACCUCUUCUUCACGUGUGACACUCAAGUCAGCAUCUCCACCGCGGACAUGGUUUUCCUGGCAGUCAACACCCCGACGAAGACGACGGGAAUCGGUGCAGGGAGAGCCACCAACAUGAAUGCUCUGGAUGGAGCUGUCAAGGAUGUGGCCAUGUAUGCGAAACCCGGCACUAUUAUUGUCGAGAAGAGCACUGUCCCCUGUGGAACCGCUCAGCGCAUCAGGAACACGCUCGAUACAUUACGACCAGGCGAGCCGUUUGAGGUGCUAUCAAAUCCGGAAUUUUUGUCUGAAGGGACAGCGAUCAAAAAUCUUAUGAAACCGGAUCGAGUUAUUAUUGGGUCUUCCGGCACUCCUUCCGGCAAGCUUGCAGCGGAUGCCCUCGCCAGUCUGUAUGCUGCAUGGAUUCCCUCGUCCCAGAUUCUGCAGAUCAACGCGUGGUCAUCAGAGCUUUCCAAGCUGGUGGCCAAUGCGAUGCUCGCACAGCGGAUUAGCAGCAUCAACUCAAUCAGUGCCAUUUGUGAAGCCACGGGCGCAAACGUUGAGGAAGUCGCAAAAUCGAUCGGCCUGGACACCCGGAUAGGGCCACAAUUCUUGAAAGCCGGUCUUGGUUUCGGGGGUUCUUGCUUCAGAAAAGACAUUGCCAGUCUCACGUACCUCGCAGAAUCUCUAGGCUUGGAAGAAGUGGCCCAUUACUGGAGUCAGGUCAAUUCGAUCAACGUCAUGCAACGCAACCGAUUCGCGAGAAAAGUGCUUAAAAGGUUCAACGAAAAACUGUUUGGCAAGAAGAUCACUUUGAUGGGGUUUGCCUUUAAAAAGAACACCAGCGACGCACGCGAGUCUCCUGCUGUGGACGUGAUCAGGACUCUGUUGGAGGAACAACCUGCGGAAAUUGCCAUUUUUGAUCCCUACUGUGACGAAGACGACAUGCUUCGGGAGAUUAACGCGACUGUCAGCAAUCCACCUGGAAUCGCGAGCGGAAGCUCCUCCGUGAAGAUCUACACCGAUCCAUAUGAGGCUUGUAUGGAAUCGAACGCCAUCCUGAUCAUAACAGACUGCGACCAGUUCAAAACUGCGCCUCAAAGAGCGCACGGCAGCAAUGCCUCCGAAACGAGCUCACCCGCCAAGCGACCUGCCCACGGGUCGGAUUCACCGAAACAGGAGGAAGAUGAUUUUCUGGGCGCAAACUUUGCAAACUACAGACUCGCUCCUCAACCGGAUUGUGUGGACAACUGCCCCGACUGCAGGUCCAAGGCCAGAGGCCCGAUUUCCACCGAUCCCGUCGAAUGGGCUCGCAUCGUCUACAGCAUGAGAGAGCCGAAAUGGGUCUUUGACGGCCGAGGAAUUGUCGAUGCGGACGAAAUUGAGAAGCUCGGAGGUGUGCGCGUCGAUGGCAUUGGGAGAUGGCGCCCUGAAGACGGACAGAAGCGCUGCUGGUGA